AGCUCAUCUGUCCUACUCUAUACCCAUCCUUACCCAUCCCCGUAUUUGCCAUACACCUCAGUAUACUAUUCCAUGAAGUAUAUUAUCAUCAAAAUAGAAGUGUAUUUAAGCCAAAUGUUUGAAAUUUCAAAUUGUAGAAUUAUUACUUGAUUUUUUGCAAUUUUGAAAAUUCAUGCAAGUCCCGAGAGCUUGGAAUGGAUUUUAGACUUCUAUGAGGUGGUGAUGGGACAAGCAUAAGGUGGGUAGUUCUUUUGAACUUGAAGUCACCAACGAUCUGCUCCAUAAUGUUCGUGCAACUGUUAACUAGAUUAAGGAACCAACCGGCAACAACCGAAUUUUGUUGUGUUGGAGACUUUUAUUUGCUGUAGAGAUUCCGAUAAGACGGCUGCCAAAGAUCAUUUAUAUUGAAUACUCCGAGGAUCAUUUGACCAGUUGGUAGUAUUAACUUUAUUGUUAGUAGUUAAACCGACUGUAUACAUCAACUUUAAUAAUGGAUAAAUUUUAAUGUUUUACUGUUUAUUUAUGAAAAUACUAAUAAGAAAAAUCCAUUUAAAAAAGUUGUGUAGAGCAUUUUUGAUUUUUCAACUAACUUAAAUUUAUUUACAAUAAAACUAAGAUAAAAUUUUUGACUAUUAAAUCAAUCAACAAGUUAAAAUUCAUUCAAACACAAAAUCCACCUUUAGAUUAGGAUCAACACCAUUGAACCUUAACAAACCUACACACCCAUAUACCUUUAUUAUUCUUGCAAUCAAUUGUAAAUGUUUAGACUUAAGCCACCUAGCUAGUCUAACCAAGGUGAAUCCAGAACAUGGGUCGAAUACUCAAUUUUAUAUUUGAACUGAUCAAAUUAACUAUUAUUUUUUUAUAUUAUGACAUAUUUCAUACAAUUUAAUAUUAAUAGAUUUUUAGUCGAAUGACCGGGGGCUAUUGGCCUAGAUAGGCUCAGCCUUAUAUUCUCCCUUAGAGUCCAACCUUGCAUAUUUGGAAACAAAAAUGCACUAGCAUAGUAACACUAGUAUAACAGCAAUAAUUAGUGAAUGGAGCAAGUUUGAGCAACCACUCCUCUUAUACAUCUUUAUAGCUGCCAUUGCCAAAACUUUCCAUCUUCUAACAAAACUAACCCAUUACCAUCUCUUGUAUAUAUUCCUCCAUCCUACUCUUUUCCUCCCCAAACACCCAUCACAACUAUCUAAUCCCAACCCUGUACUUUUACCAUAUCAUUCAUUCUCAAGUACAGAACAUAACAUCAAAAAAUGUCGAAGCACGAAUCAGCAACCAUUACCAUCCAAGAACCUAACCCAACUGGAUCAAAAGCUGAGACCAAGAAAGUUGUGACAGUUAUAGGUUCAUCAAGGAGUGCAGACGGCUUGAAACGAGGGCUCGCUAUUUUCGAUUUUAUCCUAAGGUUGGCUGCAUUAGCUGCUGCCUUAGGUGCAACUAUUUCCAUGGGUACUAGUGAUCAAACUCUGAAUUUCUUCACUCAAUUCUUUCAAUUUCGUGCUCGAUUCGAUGAUCUUCCUGCUUUCUCUUUUUUUGUGGCUGCAAAUGCAGUGGCAAGUGGAUACUUAGUUCUAUCAUUGCCAUUCUCCAUAGUUAGCAUUGUGAGGCCUCAGAUUACUGGUGUCAGGCUGCUACUCAUCAUCUUGGACACGGUAGCAGUAGCACUUGUAUCAGCAGGAGCAGGAGCAGCAGCAGCCGUAGUGUACUUAGCACAUCAAGGCAACACAAAGAUGAAUUGGGUGGCAAUUUGCCAGCAGUUUGGAAGUUUCUGUGAGCGUGUUAGUGGGGCCGUGGUUGCUUCAUUCAUUGCUGUUUUUCUUUUCAUUCUUCUUGUUUUGAUUUCUGCUGUUUCUCUCAGGAAAAACUAGUCACUCUACUCCACUGUUUUCUCACCUUUAAUUUGGCCUAAUUAUGUAUAAACAAAUGUACUUUUUCCUUUUUACAUUUUUUUUUUUGUGUUUAAUCUUCAAAGUAUGAAUUGAAAUAUCUAGAUUGUGAAUGCAUAUUUGUA